AUGAAAGUUCUGACCUCUGUUCUGCUCAGCUGCUGGACCCUGGUUCUGCUGCAUCCCGUCCGCGCGUCGCUCAGCCGAACCAGGCUCGGACAGUCAGCGGAGCGCACGGAGGGAGCGGACCGAGCAGUGGGGAGCUCGUGGGUCCGCGUGGCACCGCCGCCGAUCAAAACGGACUUGAGCCCGAUCAGAACCAAAGCCGGACCGAACCGGGACCCCCAGCAGCAGGACGGAGCGGCGCGCUCCUGGCGUCCCGCGGCGGAGGCGCGCGUAAAGCCGCACGCUCCUGCAGCUGUUGACGCGCGCGCAGCGGGAGCAGAGCCCGCAUCCUUCGGAGGGGGAGGAGGGGGGGCUCCGGGGAGAGCUGCGUCCAGGGCGGCCGCGGCGGCGCGCGGCGGGUUUCCGGCGGCGCAGCGGGGACUCAGCGGCAACAAGAACCCGAACCUGAGGCUGCAGGUGGACCACAAGCAGCCGCUGGUGGUUCCGCACGACUACAUGCUGUCCCUGUACUGGUCCCUGAGCAGCCGCGACCUGAACAGCAGCGCGCUGCACGCGGCGGGGCUGGCCAACACGGUCACGAGCUUCGUGGACCGAGGACAAGAUGAGCGCGGACUCCUGCUGCGACGUCAGCGGUACCACUUCAACACCAGCUCUCUGGAACGAGACGGGCUCCUGGGGGCCGAGCUCCGGAUCCUGAGGAAGCGUCUGUCCGACACCCGCCCGGCACCGAUGGGCUCCACAGCUGCUGGAGGAGGCUCGUACCCGUGCCUGAAGCUCUACACCUGCGCUUCAGGUAAACAGAAACCUGUCGUGCUCCAGACCAGGACCGUGGAGGACCUCCUCAACGGAUUCUCCAACAAAUGGGAAGUGUUUGACAUACACAAGGUCUUCAAGGGUCUGAAAAGCCUGCAGGACCAGCAGCUCUGCUUUGAGCUCGAGGCCUUGGAGCACAGAGGAGGGCGGCCCCUGGACCUGAGAACUCUCGGGUUUGCUCGAUUCGGCAGAACCAACAAGGAGAAAGCUUUCCUCUUGGCGUUCGGCAAGAGCAAGAAGGGGGACCUGUUCUACAACGAGAUCAAAGCCCGUUCAGGUCAUGACAACAAAACCGUCUACGAGUACCUGUUCACCCAGCGCCGAACGAGACGAGCUCCUGCAGCCAGAGGGUCCAAAAAACCCCUGCGCCUGCCCACGCAGACCCUCCCCCACCCACACAUGGCGAAAGUGAGGCCGCGCUGCCACCGGAGACGGCUUCACGUCAACUUCAAGGAGAUGGGCUGGGACGACUGGAUCAUCGCGCCGCUGGAGUACGACGCCUACCACUGCGACGGCGCCUGCGACUUCCCCAUCCGCUCGCACCUGGAGCCCACCAACCACGCCAUCAUCCAGACCCUCAUCAACUCCAUGGACCCGGAGUCGGCGCCACCCACCUGCUGCGUGCCGACCCGCCUCAGCCCCAUCAGCAUCCUCUACAUCGACUCGGCCAACAACGUGGUCUACAAGCAGUAUGAGGAGAUGGUGGUGGAGUCGUGUGGCUGCAGGUAG